AUGGCGCUUGUUGAAGUGACAAACAUAAUCUUUGAAAAUGAGUUGGCUUUAUUCCAAAGUCCAAUAUCUCUACAAAUAACUUUUGAAGUUCUGAAUAAUUUAACAGAUGAAAUAGAAUGGAAGUAAGAAAUUAAAAUUAAAUUAGCUUGAUUUACAUAGGAUCUCCUUUGAGUGACAAAUAUGAUUAAGUCUUAGAUAAUUUUAGCAUGGGUCCCUUACAAAGAGGGUUAAUGCAAUUCACUAUAACAAGUCAGCCUCCAAAUUACCAAUUAAUCCCAUCUAAGGAGGAUUUGUUUAGUGUUUCCGCCUUAAUAUUGACCGCCAAAUAUCGAUAAAAGGAAUUUUUCAGAGUUGGUUAUUAUGUGUAUAACAAUUACACAGAGGCAGAAUUGAUUGAAAAUGAACCACAAGUAGUACUAAUAGAUAGAGUUUACCGACAAAUAUUGGGAAGCAAUCCUCGGAUAACUAAAUUUCCAAUUGAUUGGGAAGGGUAAUUAACAUAACUGUAUGUUCCUCCGAGCAAUCAAUAGUUUAUGUUUGAAUCCUUGAAUACGCAGCAGUUGAGCGGUGUUGGAAUGCAAACAGAGAAAAAUGACCAAGUCUAACAAGGAUAGUAGAGUAGAGUAUUUACGCAAAAUUUAUUUUGA